AUGAACUUCGAAAACGUGAAUCCUUUCAACGUACGAGUGAACAAGAUCUCGGGCAACCUGCUACCAAUGGUCGCCGACGGGUCGUCGUUUCCGAUACUCUGGCAGAUAUACAGCGUCUUGACAUGGUUACUGGAGUCUAUUCAAAUGAGCAUAUUAAUUCCCGGCUGCUUCAUCGUGCCGAAGGAGAAGGCUCUGAAGGACGGCUUGAUCGGUAUCGCGGUUACCCUGGAGGUGUUUUUCAUAGCUUUACGAAUCCACACGCGUCGGGGACUGGUGCAACGACUGAUUCGGAAACUAAACGAGAUUUUGUGCUUGGAGGACGAGAUGAUGCGGAAUAUCACGACGGAGACCAUGAAAUCAAUGCAGAUCCCGCUGAAGUUCUAUUGGUCGGCCGCCAUGAUGUCCAUAGUUCUUUGGAGCAGUACGUCGCUUGUAACGAUCUUGGAAAAGACAUCCUUCUUUUACAUGGAUUACAGAAUGCCGAUCCGCUACGGCAAAGAGCCGAUAUCCAUCGGCACCUUCCUGGUAGGCAGUCUUAUCAUAAUGACCAGCAAUAUGGUUAUCUUCACGAAGAAGGUCGCCGUGGACACUUACAUGAUACAUCUGACGCUACUGAUAACGGCACAAUAUCGUUACAUUGCGCUGAAGCUCUCAGCGAUAUUUCGAGGUGAGACUCCGCGAGACAAUCGCAACGAUCCCAUCGGCAGGGGAAAUUCUAAAGUUGAUCGAUUCACGGAAAAGCAAAUCAGAGCGGUGUGUCGACAUCAUAACUCUGUUGUUCACGUGACGUUCAUGCUAAAAGAUCUGCUGUCCUUAAACUUUAGCUUGCUAUAUGUUUACAGCGUAUUUCGAUUCUGCUUUAUCGGUAUUUUGGUGCUAGCAAUACCAUCAACGACUAUGUUGGAAGGUUUGAUAAUCGUCAUGUACGCAGGCAGUGGAAUAGUGCAGCUCUACAUAUUGUGCUCUUGCGUGCAACAGUUACUCGACGCGACCAUUGAAAUAACAGACAAAGCGUUCCACGAGGAAUGGUAUCUACAGGAACCAUCCGUAAAACGUACAUUUAUAUCUAUGAUAAUGGCAAAUAACUUGGAAUGCAAACUCGCGAUGUUUGAGAAAUUCAAUCUAUCUUUGCCCUCGUUAAUGGCGAUCCUAAAUCAAUCCUAUUCAAUAGCUCUUCUGCUUUUAAAGACCAGUUGAAACGUGACGAGAUAGCGACAUCGUUUACUCACUAGUACAUUCUGUUGUUCUUAUAAAUUUGUAACUAAGAGGAUAUUAAAAAAUACAAUGAGCGUGGAUAAAAGUGGACAACUAAUUUUACGGAGCAUACA